AGAGACAGAGAAAGAGAGACUGUGUUACAGUUCUGUGCUGGAUCUAUUCCUGGCUUAUCAGUGGAAGGAAUGCGGCUCAUGUAGGGGGGAGAGUGGGCCCUCAUCACAGCCCUGAGAGACCCCCAGCCUGACCGCCAGAGAGAGGCAUCGACAGACCCUCCACUUUCACAGAUCUGAGUGAGUCCUCCAGGGAAGAAAGCCAGGACUUACGGACAGAAAGAGACACUUACAGGGACCUGUGUGAGAUCUACAAAGAAGGGAGACCCAGGACUUACAGACAGGGGCGGCACCUAGUACCUGAGUACUCAGAGGGGGGACACAUGGCAACUGAUGACUCGGCAGGAGGAGCUCGCAGGGCAACUAAGAGCAAAUUGUUUGAGUUCCUGGUACAUGGAGUGCGUCCUGGGAUGCCAUCUGGGGCACGGAUGCCUCAUCAAGGAGCUCCUAUGGGCCCUCCAGGGCCACCAUUUGGUGGAAGCCCCUCAGUUCGGCCUGGAAUACCACCAGCAGUGAUGGAGCCAACAAGGAAGCGUUCAGCUCCACCUCAGGUCCAGCAGCAAUCCAAUCCCACGCAGGGGCGGAGCCGUAGUGCCAAGAGAAGGAAGAUGGCAGAUAAGAUCCUUCCUCAGAGGAUCCGGGAACUUGUUCCUGAGUCCCAGGCCUACAUGGAUCUUCUGGCCUUUGAAAGAAAACUGGACCAAACCAUCAUGAGGAAGCGCAUUGACAUCCAAGAGGCAUUAAAGAGGCCCAUGAAGCAAAAGAGGAAGCUCCGCCUUUACAUCUCCAAUACAUUUAAUCCAGCUAAAGCAGAUGCUGAUGACUCUGAUGGGAGCAUUGCCUCCUGGGAACUGCGUGUGGAAGGAAAGUUACUGGAUGAUCCCAGUAAGAUGAAGAGAAAAUUCUCCUCCUUCUUCAAGAGUUUGGUCAUCGAGUUGGAUAAAGACUUGUAUGGACCGGACAAUCACUUGGUGGAGUGGCACAGGACCCCGAGUACCCAGGAGACCGAUGGGUUUCAGGUGAAAAGACCAGGAGAUGUGAGUGUGCGAUGCACCCUGCUACUAAUGCUGGACUACCAGCCCCCACAGUUCAAGCUGGACCCCCGCCUGGCACGUCUCCUGGGCCUUCACACCCAGACCAGAGCAGUCAUCAUCCAGGCUCUAUGGCAGUAUAUAAAGAGCAACAAACUGCAAGACUGUCAUGAUAAGGAAUAUAUAACUGGGGACAAGUACUUCCAGCAGAUAUUUGACUGUCCCAGAGUAAAGUUCUCGGAGAUACCGCAGAGACUGACAAACCUGCUUCUGCCCCCCGACCCGAUUGUCAUCAACCACAUCAUCAGCGUUGACCCCACAGACCAGAAGAAAACUGCCUGUUAUGAUAUUGAUGUGGAGGUUGAAGAUCCUCUGAAGAGUCAGAUGAGCAGCUUCUUGCUCUCUACAGCCAAUCAGCAAGAGAUUUCUUCCCUUGAUAACAAGAUCCACGAAACCAUUGAAUCAAUUAAUCAGCUGAAAAUUCAAAGAGAUUUCAUGCUGAGCUUCUCCCGAGACCCGAAGGGCUAUAUACAGGACUGGCUACUGUCCCAGAGCAGGGACCUGAAGAUCAUGACUGAUGUGGUGGGAAAUCCGGAGCAGGAGAGGAGAGCCGACUUCUAUCAGGAGCCCUGGUCCCAGGAGGCCGUGAGCCGUUACUUUUAUUGCAAGAUCCAGCAGCGCAGACAGGAGUUGGAGCAAUCCCUGGGAGUGAGGAACACGUAGAGGCUCCUCUGGUCUCUUCUUCAUGACAAGUCCGUUACGUGGGCCCCGCGCAGCUUCUCAUUGUCCCGGAUCUUUCAUGUCAUUUGUUUUUUCCUUCAGUCACAUUUGGGAACAGUUGGCUCCUCUCUUCCCUCCUCUCACACCCCACAGUGGGGCUUUAACAAGGUCACAUGACUUUUAUACACAUGGACUGUGCCAUUCCUACAACCUGUAAGUGGCCCAUGUAGAAAGGGGAACCCAACCCCUCUGUGAUUUCCGCUAUGUCCCUGAUAGUCAGCAUUGUGCCCCACAUCAUGCCUCUUCUACUGCGCCGUGCCUUGGGGUCAUGUGAUGCCAACGCUCUCAUAAAUGGAUCAGUAUUAUGUAUUCAUGAACUGGGCCUCAUUGUAGCCUCCAGCCUAUUGUAUUGCAUUGUGCCAUGAUGCUAUUACUGUAUCACUACCCAGGGGGCUGGGUCCCUCUGCACUGCUAGCCACCAUCACUGCUUGUGCCAUGGACUACUGGUCCCUCUGCACUGCUAGCCCCCAUCACUGCUUGUGCCAUGGACUACUGGUCCCUCUGCACUGCUAGCCACCAUCACUGCUUGUGCCAUGGACUACUGGUCCCUCUGCACUGCUAGCCACCAUCACUGCUUGUGCCAUGGACUACUGGUCCCUCUGCACUGCUAGCCACCAUCACUGCUUGUGCCAUGGACUACUGGUCCCUCUGCACUGCUAGCCCCCAUCACUGCUUGUGCCAUGGACUACUGGUCCCUCUGCACUGCUAGCCACCAUCACUGCUUGUGCCAUGGACUACUGGUCUCCACACCAGGUGGCACAGCCAUCACCACAAUGUUGCCUGGUCUUUUCUCACUGAUUAAUUUCUACCACUGGCUAUUUACAUACACAGGCUGGGCAGGAACAAGGGGUUGGUAUGGGGGGCUCCUCAUAUUUAGGUGAUUCAGUUAGACCAUGUAACAUUGGGAUGGGAAAGUGGGUGGGGCAGGAACAAGGGGUUGGUAUGGGGGGCUCCUCAUACCUCCCUUUAUCUUCUCUGACACAUUAAUGGGGGGAGAUACAAAGGGCAGAAGGAAUCUCCACGCUUUUAUCUAGUGAUUCAUUACGUCUUUGGGGCAAAUCUCGGGGGAAGUGCCAGGGGCUCCUUUAGAGGAAAUAUGAGGGGCAAUUUGAGUUGUGACCUAAUCACUGUAUUAUGAUGUAAUAGGGCAGCUGGGAAUUGGGGACCAUGUGUUCCAAGAGUCUCUGGGGCUUUGGUAAUGUGUCGGGGGGUGGGUGGGUUAGUGUUAUGGGAUUGGGUAGAGAAGAGUCUAAGGGUGGGUGGGUGGGUGGGGGUUUAGCAGGAGACCUCAUGGUGUUCAGGUGAUAAACUUGUCAGUAUUAAUGAUCAGUGGUAGGUGAGUAUUAGUAACAAUAUUAUUGUGUUUCUUACUGUAUCUUCUGCUGUUGCUUCUGUAUGUGUAACGUCACCCAGUGACACCCCAAUAAAUCUCAUUUCUACUAG